CGCCCCGGCCGCGCAGGCUGGCUGGAAGUGGCGUACGUGCAAAGCGGGCAGAGAUAGUGGCGCCUCCUCCUCGCCCCCGCAACCCCCCCGACUCAGGCAGCGGCGAGGCGAAGGGAGGAGACGCCGACCCGCACCGGGAAGAGGAGGAGACCCUAGUUCCCGUCGCAGAGGGGAGAGGCGGCGGCGGUGGCUCCGGCACUCCCCGCUGCUUCCCUCGCCGGAGCAGCGAUGAAGCGGUGGCGAGCCUGAGCCCCUGGGGAGAUCAGAGCGGCCUCGGCUCCCGCGGGUGCCCACUCCCCACCCAGGAGGAGGCCCGGGCUCCGUCGCGGGAGGCAGGCAGGGGAGCGGAGGCCGCCGCGGAGCAGGGACGGCCAUGAUGCAGUGAGAGCUGCCCGCCCUCCCAGGCUCCCUCCCAGCGCGGACCGCCUGAGCGCUGCUGGCCCCCACGACCCCCCGGAGCACCAGGGACGGCGGCGCCAUGGCCAAUGACAGCGGCGGGGGCAGCGGGGCCGGCCAGGGCGGCGGGGGUGGCGGCAGCGAGCGGGACCGGCAGUACUGCGAGCUGUGCGGGAAGAUGGAGAACCUGCUGCGGUGCGGCCGCUGCCGCAGCUCUUUCUACUGCAGCAAGGAGCACCAGCGCCAGGACUGGAAGAAGCACAAGCUCAUCUGCCGCAGCGGUGGCGGCGCGGCGGCGGCAGGGGGCGCUGCCGAGCACCACGCCGGGGCCGCCGCGGGAGCAGGAGGCGGCGGCGGGGAGGCUGGAGCCGUAGCUAAGAAGGUGCCGCCCGGCGCGGGCCUCGGCGCUGAGGAGGAGGCUGCGGCUGCGGCGCCUCUGACAAACAACCACGUUCCCACGGCCGCUGCUGCGCUGUCUGAGGCGGCGGCCCCCGCCGAAGAGGAGGCUGCGGCAGCAGCGGCUCCGGGCGGGGAGGCGGGGCUCGUGUACCGGGACAAAUCCAACCUGUACCCGGGCGGGGGCCAGGCCGGGGCCGGCGGGGGCGCGCUGCGGCCGAACGGGCAGACCAAGUCGUUGGUGCCGCAGCGGCUGGCGCUGGAGUACAUCGUGCCCUGCAUGAACAAGCACGGCAUCUGCGUGGUGGACGAGUUCCUGGGCAAGGAGGUGGGUGGGCGCAUCGCCCGGGAGGUGCGGGCCCUGCACCACACCGGCCGCUUCACCGACGGGCAGCUGGUCAGCCAGAAGAGCGACUCCUCCAAGGACAUCCGCGGGGACAAGAUCACCUGGGUGGAGGGCAAGGAGCCGGGCUGCCAGACCAUCGGGCUCCUCAUGAACAGCAUGGACGAUCUCAUCCGCCAUUGCAAUGGCAAGCUGGGCAACUACAAAAUCAACGGCAGGACGAAAUACUGUCAUUUUGAUUGGUGGAAACAGAAGAAGCUAAUCUUAUGGCAAGUCAAUAUGCAUCUUUUCAAUAAAGGCACAGCAAUGGUGGCUUGUUAUCCAGGCAAUGGAACAGGAUAUGUGCGUCAUGUUGAUAAUCCAAAUGGAGACGGAAGAUGUGUCACAUGUAUAUAUUAUCUUAAUAAAGACUGGGAUGCCAAGGUAAGUGGAGGUAUUCUUCGAAUAUUCCCAGAAGGCAAAGCUCAAUUUGCUGAUAUUGAACCCAAAUUUGAUAGAUUGCUGUUUUUCUGGUCUGACCGCCGCAACCCUCAUGAAGUGCAGCCAGCAUUUGCUACAAGGUACGCAAUAACAGUGUGGUAUUUUGAUGCAGAUGAAAGAGCACGAGCUAAAGUAAAAUAUCUAACUGGUGAAAAAGGUGUGAGGGUUGAACUCAAUAAACCUUCUGACUCAAUUGGGAAAGACGUUUUAUAAAGGAUUUCAUCUAGCAACUUUCCUUGCGACUUCCCCCAGUAAACUAUUAACUUUUGAAUGUGAAUAAUGGGAUAAAGAAAAAUUGACAAGAAAUCAAGGUUUUAAUAAGGAAACAAACACAGCAUUUCAAUGUUGCAUCAAACAGAAGAUUUUGACUGCUGAACCAUUGUGCUAUGUGACUGUGACUCCAGACCUGUGACUGCUUAUGUAAAGAAGAUAAGCAAUCAGUAAGAAAUAGCAUACACAUAUGGACAUGAAAUAAGUGCCCUACGUAGAAUUUUUCCAUUCUUAUAUUUUGCCAGACUUGUCAUCCAAUUCAUUUCUCCCUUUUUUUUAUAUGGUAAAGUUUGGAUUUGGGGUAAUUUUUGUAUGACCAGGUACAAUUUAUCAAAAUUUGAGUAAAAAAAUACAGUAUUCUCCAAAAUAUCAUUGAUCUAUUUUUGUAAAACUGUUCAUACUGUUCUCUGCCAUGAAAGACCUAAUUUAAUAUAAGAAUUGCCAGUAACUGAUGAUCACUUUAAUUUUCUUUACAUCUAAAGUCAGAAAAGGAGCACUUUAAUUACCAGCUAAAAACCUGAUUGUUUUAUAUUCAUAUCUCACACUAAUUUGAACUUUUAAAGAUUGCUGCUGUAUUGUUUUUGACUGUCCUUUUUGAAACUUGUUAACAGAAACAAAUCAUUAUCUUACUAUCAGCAACUUCUAAUUCAUGGUGUUGUAUGUUGAAUCCACAGAGGGGAAGGAUUCUAUAUUUUUAUUUUUAUUUUUUUUAAGUGACUGGCACUAAGUGAACUCGACACUAUCCAUGUAGAUGGCUUUGGGGACCUGGUAAAUACCGUCAAGUUCCUAGGAUACAUAAGGGCUUUCCUAGGCUUUUAUAGGUACCCAGAACCUCCUCCCUAUGUAUUUGACAGGAGAAUUCCACCUUUUUCUUCCUUUCUGAAAGUUGUUCUUUUACUGUACAUAAGUUAAUAGAACAUUGAAAUUCACAAACUUUGUGUUUUUUCUGAAUAUUGGUGUCCCGUCUGAUCUGCAGGCUGGCUCCUUGGUCUAUUAUAUAGUAUCAAGGGAACAUUCAAUACAUUGAGGCUGAAGUGCAUCACUACAGGCUUCAUGUGUAAUACAUUUUCAGAUUGUCACUCUGUUGAAGGAUUUCCCCAAAAAGGCACUGGCCUUUGAUCAGUCCUGAGUGUUUAGCGCAAAAAAAUUACUUUAUUUUUACACUUUCAUUUUUUUUAAAAUAAAAACGGACUUUACAGAAAUAAAGAUGAGGCAUCCAAAAGCUUUGAAAUUCUGUUACUUAAGAGAUGGAUGUUCUAGUCUUGAGCUUUAAAGUUUGAGAGAACAAAGAAAAUCCUAAAAGGCAGCAUCCAUAUUUACAAAUGUCUUUGGUAUUUGAGCUCACCCUUUUCCAUUUUUCUAUCUGUCCUUGAUUUCCUUACAUAGCCAAAACAAUGUGAGUGUACAGAAAUAUUUCUGUAUAUAAUAUUACAACUUUCAACAAUUUUAGCAUCUGUAUAGUUUGUAUUCAAUCAGAAACCUUUUCUAUGGAAAGCUCAGUAAUUUUUAUUAAAAAGAUUACUAUUCAUGUAAAACAUGAAAAAACAACAACCACCACCCAACAACCCUUAUUUUAUUUAGUGACAAACUGACCGGUGGGGAGGGGGAGAGGGGGGGCAGGGGAAAACUUAUUAUUGUGAUACAAUGGAGGAGACCUUAUGGAAAAAUUCUUAUUUUGUUCAGACCUUAAUUAGUUCUCACUCUUUACAGCUUAGUUUCUCUUUCCUCCCUUCCCAGAAAAUCAGACAAGACACCUCUACUGUAAGUGCCUCUGCCAGCCUGACCAAGGAGUGUAAAUCUUCAUUACAUGGUCUGCAGUGCAGUGCAUUGCAUUAGGCCAGCUUUAACAAAACAAACACAUAAAAAAGCCACCACUUUUAAUUUUAUCUGCUUUUGUAUUAUUUUAAUGGAGAUUUGAUUGGUUUUGUUUCAAAAAUGUACAGCAUAAACCUUUCAAUUCUGUUCUAGUCCCUCUGUAAUUCAAACUUCUAUUGCUGCAGGUAUGCAAAGUAUCAAAUUCUAAUCACUGUAUAGGUUUCUGCUUGCCAGACAGGUUAAACAAAAAAGUGCUUAAUUUUUUGCUUCAUCAUUUCUUGUCAAUCAUUACAAAAGGGUCAACAAAUCAGAGCAGCCAUUUCUUUAACAGUAUCCUUUUAGAAUCUGUUCAUUUCAUGUCAGUUGAAAUCUUCAAUCUUGAGCGUCACAAAGCAGGUCCCUGUUUAAAACUAUUUUUUAAACUGUCUUAUGACCUGUAUGUGUUUAGUCCUGGUUAAAGAUAAAGCUUCAUAAUACUAUUUUUAUUCAUGACAUUAGCCAGCUGUAAAACACGAGACCUUUUUCUAUAACAGGCAAAGAAAUUCAGGAUUCAUUUACAGAUUGCCUAUAAAGUCAUGUAAUUUGAAAAGCAGUGUUCAUUAUAAAGAGCUCUCAAGUUGCUUGUAAAGCUAAUCUAAUUAAAAAGAUGUAUAAAGGUU